AUGGUGAAUGCACAAGAACUUGAGGCACAAAGACAAACGUUGGGACUAGAAGCUGAAGCUGUUGCAAGAGGUGUUAAGUUCACAAUCACCAGCACCAUGUUCCAAUUGUUGAACCUGAAUGGUAUGUUUAGAGGUGCAGCUGGUGAUGAUGUAAAUCAAUAUCUGAUGAACUUUGUGGCAAUUUUUUGUGGAGGCUCAUUUAUGAGGAAGUCAUUUUCGGAGAGCAUGCAGCUGUUGGAUGAGGUAUCAAAGAAUAACAGGGCAUGGUACACAAGAGAUGCGAAGGUAGGAGAGCUGGGUGGUGUUUAUGUUCCCCCAGACAAUAAAGACCGGGCAAGUGGUAGUUCCAGCGAAUCUAAGCUGGAAGAUAUGAUGGCUAAAGUACUCCAGAAGGUUGAAUCAACUGAUGCAGGGGUAGAUGACUUGGAAGAUGCUCAGCCUAAAGCACAACCUGCGAGAAGAAAAGAGAAGGAGGUCGAGGAAAACCUGCCUUUACAGCAGAUCCCCAGACCACCUCAUCUUUUCCCUCAAAGGCUCAAAAAGAAAGCUAAAGAUGGGAAGUUUACAAACUCCAUUGCUACCAGAUUUCUGGUUCAGAAGAAGGAAGAUCCAGGUGCAUUCACGAUCCCAUGCACCAUUGGGUCAAUUAGCUUUGCAAAAGCUUUAUGUGAUCUAGGAGCUAGCAUCAACUUGAUGCCAUUAGCCAUUUACAAGAAGUUGGGAUUGGGAGUACUAAAACCUACAGCAAUGAGGUUGAUGAUGGUUGAUAGGUCAGUAAAGAGACUUGUGGGAGUCCUAUGUGAUGUACUUGUAAAGGUGGACACCUUCAUCUUUGCAGCUAAUUUCGUGAUCUUGGAUUGCGAAGAGGACUUCGAGGUUCCCAUCAUCUUGGGGAGACCAUUCUUAGCAAUAAAAAAAGCCUUGGUUGAUGUUGAGAGAUGA